AUGGUUGUCGUCAACAUCAACGGCGUUGACGUCGACCUCGACGCUCUGAACUACAUCGUCAAGGUCCCGUACAAUGGCACCGGCGAGGCGGGCGGCGACCCCAUCACCGAGAAUUUGAAUAUCUGGUACGAGACGGGUGAUAUUGCCUGGAUGAUCACAGCCACUGCUCUUGUGCUGCUCAUGAUACCAGGUGUCGGUUUCUUCUACUCUGGCCUGGCUCGAAGGAAGUCGGCAUUGUCUCUGAUAUGGCUUUCUGUGAUGGCGGCUGCCGUGACCUCAUUCCAGUGGUUCUUCUGGGGCUACUCUCUGACCUUUUCGCACACGGCCGGUCCCUACCUAGGCGACUUGUCGAACUUCGGGUUCAGGAACGUCUUGGCGCAGCCCUCCGUGGGGUCUUCCCGGAUUCCCGACCUCUUGUUCGCCGUCUACCAGGGCAUGUUCUCUUCCAUCACCGUGGCUCUAGCGACUGGCGCGGUCGCCGAACGAGGACGGAUGCUGCCCUGUGUUAUUUUUAUGUUCAUCUGGGCGACUGUCAUCUACGACCCGAUUGCGUGCUGGACGUGGAAUCCUAGUGGAUGGUCAAACAGGAUGGGAGGGCUCGACUUCGCCGGAGGUACUCCAGUCCACAUUGCUUCUGGAACUGCGGCACUCGCCUACUCCAUGAUGCUCGGGAAGCGUCGCGGGCACGGAACGCACGAGCUGAACUACCGCCCACACAACGUGACCCACAUCAUCAUCGGAACUGUCUUUAUGUGGGUGGGUUGGUUUGGAUUCAACGCUGGUUCUGCUCUGUCCGCCAACAUGCGCGCCAUCUUGGCAGCUGUUGUGACGAACCUGUCGGCGUGCGUUGGUGGAAUGACCUGGUGUGUCCUGGACUACAGGUUGGAGCGCAAGUGGUCGGCUGUAGGUUUCUGCUCCGGCGUUAUCGCCGGACUCGUUGCCAUUACCCCUGGGUCCGGCUAUGUCCCCGUCUGGGCUGCCGUUCCUUAUGGAGUCCUCGGAGCCGCCUUCGCCAACUAUGCCACGAAAUUGAAGUUUCUGUUGGGAGUCGACGAUGCUUUGGAUAUCUUUGCCGUCCACGCCGUUGGCGGUCUUGUCGGAAACAUCUGCACCGCCUUCUUCGCCAGCCGCGCCAUUGCCCACCUCGACAAUGUACAGGUCAUCAACGGAGGCUGGCUCGACCAGAACUGGAUCCAGCUCGGGUACCAAUUGGCAGACUCGGUAGCUGGCGGCACCUACUCCUUUGUCGGGACUACCCUCAUCCUUUUCAUCAUCAACCUCAUCCCCGGGCUCCGUCUCCGCGCCAAUGAGGAUGCGGAGAUCCUGGGUAUCGACGACGCCGAGAUUGGCGAGUUUGCAUACGACUAUGUCGAGCUGACCCGAGAGGUGCUGAACGACGAUGUGGAGGGCGAGACUCGCAGCCGAUACUCUGAAGACACAGCGACUCCGCUCGACCCCCGAGAGAAGAACAGCAUUCCUCUUGUGGACACUAGAAUCUACGCGGGUCAAUCGAGCCAUCAGUCUCCUCACGCACGCUAG